AUGGCAUUUGGAAAUUUCGAUACCAUAUGUAAUGUCACGGCGUUACCUUUAUGUUCCGUAGUAGGAUCAGUCAACGAGACAUCAUAUUUUACUAGAGGUAUAGUUCCAGAUUGCUAUGCAAGAUCAGUGGAGUUGGCCAACACUAUGGUGUUUCAAAUAGGAAAUGCAUUUGUUCACUUUGGAGGAUUGAUAAUUUUAUUGAUUAUUAUAUUUAAUGUAAGAGCAAAGUACACAGCUAUUGGUAGAACCGAGAUGCUUUUCUUUUUCUAUCUUAUUAUCAGUUUAAUUGUUAGUUCUUUGGUGGUUGACUGUGGUGUGUCGCCGCCAUCUUCGUCCAGUUAUGCAUAUUUUGUGGCCGUUCAACUAGGAUUAGCAAGUGCAUCGUGCAUCUGUCUCUUGUAUAAUGGGCUAUUAUGCUUUCAAUUUUGGGAGGAUGGAUCAAGAAAAUCGAUGUGGUCGUUAAGGUUGAUCUGUGUCUGUUGGUUCAUAGUCAACUUUAUUGUGGCUUUAAUCACUUUCAAGAGCUGGAAUACUGCAUUAGACGGUAGAAAGACAGAAGCCAUGUUUGUGAUCACGUAUCUUAUCAAUGCAAUUAUAUUGGCAUUUUAUGUGAUAUCGCAGAUAAUCUUGGUUAUUUUUGCACUUGACUCAUACUGGCCUUUGGGUGCCAUCAUAUUGGGGGUAUUCUUCUUUGUUGCUGGUCAAGUUUUGACUUACGCAUUUAGUGACGAUAUCUGUCGUGGUGCUUCGCAUUACAUCGAUGGGCUAUUUUUUGGAAGUGUUUGUAAUGUCUUUACUAUCAUGAUGAUUUAUAAGUAUUGGGAUAUGAUAACAGUAGACGAUUUAGAAUUCUCUGUGGCUAACGUGGAGCACGGUGUGACUGCAUUUGGUGGAAACGACGAGAAGAGAGGUAGUACAAUUUUCAACUAA